AGUUUCUGAAUGUUUUGAGUACUUUAGGGGCUUCUCUGUAUGACUUGCCAGAUUCCGGCACUCAAAAUCUUUUGUCCGGCUUUACCGGCGAUCAUAAACCGGAGAUCACCAAAAAUCUAACUGCAAAAUGCCAGGACCAGGUCCACAUAUGAUGUACGCUCUAGGCACCGGUCAAGCCCUCAUGACCCUCUCUAGCGGCAGAUUCAGCCCUCACCACUGCCUCAUCUACGCUCUCAACGCCUUUUUCGGUCCCGAUAUCGGCUCCUUCACCGAGUGGCUUACCUCCACCCUUGGAUUAGCUGCUCUGUUCGGAUCUUCCGUCGAAACUUACAUUCACGAUCCAUUUUUAUACAUUUUCAUCCUCGGGUUCCCCCUUUCGUUGCUCUACACUCGUGUUUCAAGAUUUUUUGUUUCCAAAGGUUAUUUAGAUUCGGUCUCUGGGGUUCCGCUUACUGUGAAGCAGUGUUUGUUGCUUAUAUCAGCUGGUUCUUUGUCCCAUUUCUUUUUGGAUCACUUGUUUGAGGAAAAUGGGCACUCAACUGUGUACACCUGGAUACUGAGUACGGGUUGGUGGAAAGGCCGGGCGCCAGUCAAUCCGGAUGCUGUUGUUGUAGUCGGGUUCUUAUGUGGGUGUUUGAUCAUCGGUUUCAUUCACAUCAACAGGGUGAAGCCCGAAAGAAACAUCAAGAAACAAUCAAGUAACUCUGUUAAGCUUCUGAUAGCGAUUGGUAGCUUGUAUAGUUUAUGGUGUGCAAGCCAGAUAUACUUGGUGAAUCCUCCUAGACCAGCUGUUGGUGAAGAAGCUGAUCUUGGAGUCAUUUUGUUUUUAGCUGUUUAUUUCUUUCUUCCACACACAUUAUGCAUCAUGUCUAUGAACACGCCUGAGCCUGAGCGGCUCCCGCUUUAGCUAGAACUCGCUUGUUCCACACGUCCAAAAUGUACACCUUUGAAAUCUGGAAAGAAACAUUCAUCAAUUUGUGUAGCAGAAAAUGUGUUGAUAUGCUGCCUUCUAACA